AUGGGCCAGCUCCAGCGGUUCGAUGGACGCUCUCCCGACCCCAAGGUGUGGCUAAGCCAAGCCACGAGGGCGAUGAGGUGCUUCCUUGCGAACACGAUGGACGAGCAAAAGUUGGACUGCCUUCUCAUACACCUGACGGACUCUGCCUACGUGUGGGCGGAAAGCAAGAACUUCACGACGGUGUCGGGGUUCGAACAAGCGUUCCAGAGUCGGUUCGUUUGGGAGAGCACGGCAACCGUGAUGCAUAAGCUGGCGAAGUUGAAGCAGAAAAAGGGGCAAACGGUGACGGAGUUGGCGGAUGAGGUGAGGCAAUUGGCGGCCUAUGUCAAGGACUACCUGGUCGCCAUGAUGGUGAGAGCAUUCAUUGAGGGAUUGGAGGGCCCGGGGUUAAGGGAUAAAGUGUUGGGAGGAAGGCCGGUAUCAUUGGAGGCAGCAGAGGAAGCCGCUAAGUACUUUGUGACCUACGCGCAGCCAAAGGAGAUAGAGGAAAAGAAGUGGAGCGGAGAGACUUCGAAGCCGUGGGAGAUUUUGCCGGACGUGCCGGUUAGGGUAGGGAAGCUGACUCUACCAGUAGACAUUGCUGUAACGGGAGCAAACACAUACGACAUGCUCCUAGGGCAGGAUUUGAUCUAUUCGGCCAACGCGGACAUCUUGACUAGCAAGGGGAAGAUAGUCUACCAGGGUAACACCACGGACGACUCAGUCCCCAUCACUACGGGACCAUUGGGUGGUGCUACCCGUCCCUCUUUUGUGCUUUUCCCUUCCCACACAGUUCACAGGAACAUCAAAGAGGAGGACGAGGGGUGGAUCAAGGAGUGGAUGGAGGAGCGGGAUUUCCUCAAUUGGAUGGAGGAGAGGAGGGUGGCCAUGGCGGAAGAGGAGGGUAGGAUGGAGUUAACCGCGGAGGAGGAGGAUGAGUAUUAUCUAUGGCUUAGGGAGCAGGAGGAGGAAGAGGAGAAGGAGGAGGUUUCUAGUGAGGAGUUCGAGGAGGAAGAAGGGGAGAAGGAGAUCAAGGAGGCUAGAGGAGAAGAGGAGGAGACUUGGGGGCAUGACUUUGGGAGCCCAACGGCGGAUGAGAUGGGAGCAUGGGAUACGAUGGGCACGGGGAUUGAUUGGGACAAGGAGUAUGAAGAGAUGGUGGAGAAGUAUGUAGAGGAGGUGAACGAGGCCAAGUUGGAAGGGGACUCGAUGGUGGAUGGAGAGGAAUAUCUAGACCAGGGGACGGAGGAUUGGGAAUUGGUGUACGAUAAGAAGCGGAAGCGGAUCAGCCCGGACCACCUUUUCGAACUAUUUAACUACCCUGCAGCAGAGAGGUGGAAUUACCUUGCAGCAGAGAAGGGGGACGAGGGGAGGAUCAUCUUAGGGAGCUACUACACCCUCAAAAAGGAGGCACCUAGGGUAGCUUGCCCCGCGUUUGAGGACCUGCCCGUAUCGUUGAACCACGAGUUGGGGGAGCAGCAGCAAAAGGAGGUGCGGACGCUUUUGGUGGAGGAGAAGAAUGAAGAAGGGGAGAGUAGUGAGUCGGUGACCCAAGGGGAGAAAGAGAACGGUGGAGAAGAGGAGGAGAGCUCGGAGGAGAAGGACGGGGAAGAUGAUAGCAAGGGAGAAGAAGAGGAGGGUAGCGAGGAGGAGGAAGAAGGGGAAGCGGAUGGUAGCCAAGAAAAGGAGGAGGGAAGCAAGGACAAGGAUGGAGAGGUGGAGGAGGAUAGUAGUGAGGAGGAGGAAGGGGAAGAGGUUGGAGAAGAGGAAGAUAGUGGGGACUUUGAGGAAGGGCAGCGGCCAGAAGAUGAAGUGGAUGAACAGCUGUUGGAGGAGUUAGGGCAGCCUAAGAAGAAGGCAAGGGUGGAUGGAGAUGAGGAGGAAGGAGAGGAGGGGACCCCGAGUAAGAAUCUCGCGUCCGAGACCACCCUCGACAUCUGGGAUGACGCUAACACGUUGUUCUUCCUAGAGAAGGGAGCGGUUGAUCCGGCAUGGAACUCGGUGGAGAAGAGGAGGAGGACCACGGAUUUGGUCAAGAAGCAGUAUGAUUGGUACGGACUGGGGAGUGAUGUGACGGCGUUUGUGAAGGGGUGUGCGACGUGUGUGUUCCAGAAGGGAUCUUGGACGGCCAAAGGGGAAUUGCAGCCGGUACCGGUCACGAAGCCGUGGGAAAGGGUAGUGAUAGACUUCAUCGGGCCACUUCACACCACAGCCAAGGGAGGGAACAAGUACGUGAUCUCGGCCAUGGACCACUUCACCAAGUGGCCGGAGUGCAAACCAGAGCAGCAGGCAGAUGCGGCAACGGCAGCAGCUUUUGUAGCAGAGAAGAUUAUCUCCAACCAUGGCUGCCCUCUAGUGAUUCACAUGGAGAAUGGGACGCACUUCAAGGGGGAGUUUGGGGUGCUGCUGGAGAAGUUCGGGAUCUACCAUAAGUUCUCAAGGCCGGAGCAUCCUCAAAGCUCGGGGCUCAUUGAGAGGUUCCAAAGGACCUUGAAGGGGGCGCUGCUAAGGCUUGGGGAGGCCAACCCUUUGGAGUGGGAUGAGAACAUAUGGUGGUAUGGGCGUCAUCCCAACAUCACGGGUUCCACCAUGGCGGAUUUCGAGGUACGGGAGCUGUCGGAAUUGUCCACGGAGGAGGAGGCGGAUGCGGUGGCAGGAUACCUAUACAAGAGGACCUCGGAUUUGGAGUUGGCCUUGGCGCUGGCGGCGGGGAAUCAUGACAGGGCACAGGAGAAGCAGAAAAUGGACUUUGACCUAAGGAGGACGACGGUGUUGGAGAAGGAGAAAUUGGAGAAAGGGGACUUCAUUCGGAUUAGGCCGAGUAAGAGGGUGGCAUGGGAGAAUCAGAAACCUAAGUUUAAGACCCUAUUCAAGGUGAAGGAGGUGGAGCAGUUUCAUGUGGUGUUAGUAUGGAGCAGUAUGGAGGGAGUCUCGAGAGAACGUGCAGCUGGUGAAGUUAGUGCCUUAGAACCUCAUCCCCACUCUCCCCGCGAAGUAUAG